AUGGCACCGGGGGAUGUGAUGCCAGAGCAUGCCAAGCAGCUGAAGCCGAAGGAGAAGCGGCCGGCAAACAGGGCGUUGAAAGCCGAAUGUGAGCCCGACGGCUCCUUUGUGUUUGAGGCCCACGAAGCCUGGAAGGACUUCCAUAACUCUCUCAGGCAUUUCUAUGAAGUGGGGGAGCUCUGCGAUGUCACCCUGAAGGUUGGCAGUAGGUUGAUACCAUGUCACAAGCUAGUACUGGCCUGUGUAAUCCCUUACUUCAGGGCCAUGUUCCUGUCAGAGAUGUCAGAGGCCAAGCAGGAGCUCAUAGAGAUUAAGGACUUUGACGGGGACGCCAUCCAGGACUUGGUGCAUUUUGCCUACUCAUCCAAGCUGACUUUAACCGUGGACAACGUCCAGCCACUGCUUUAUGCUGCCUGCAUCCUUCAGGUGGAGCUGGUGGCCAGAGCCUGCUGCGAGUACAUGAAGGCCCACUUCCACCCCACCAACUGCCUGGCCGUUCGAACAUUCGCCGAGAGCCACAACCGCGUGGACCUGAUGGACAUGGCCGACCGCUACGCCUGCGAGCACUUCAACGAGGUGGUGGAGUGCGAGGACUUCACCUGCGUGUCGCCCCAACACCUGCGCACCCUGCUGUCCUCCUGCGACCUCAACAUCCACUCCGAAACCCAGGUGUACAACGCGGCCGUGAAGUGGCUGAAGGCCAACCCCCAGCACCACGAGGCCUGGCUGGACCAGAUCAUGUCUCAGGUGGAACGGCGCUGCUCCUCACGGGUGCGCCUGCCCCUGCUGCCCGUGGAGUUUCUGACCGGAACCGUGGCCAAAGACGAGAUGAUCAAAGGCAACCUGAACUGUCGGGACCUGAUGGACGAGGCCAGGAACUACCACCUUCACCUCAGCAACAAGACGGUUCCGGACUUCGAGUAUUCGGUCCGCACCGUCCCCCGGAAGCACACCGCAGGGGUGCUGUUCUGCGUGGGCGGCCGGGGGGGCUCCGGGGACCCGUUCCGCAGCAUCGAGUGCUACUCCAUCUCCAAGAACUGCUGGUUCUUCGGCCCGGAGAUGAACAGCAGACGGCGCCACGUGGGGGUGAUAUCUGUAGGAGGGAAGGUUUACGCCGUCGGGGGUCAUGAUGGCAACGAACACUUGGGCAACAUGGAAAUGUUCGACCCCCUCACCAACAAGUGGAUGAUGAAAGCCUCCAUGAACACCAAAAGGGUAAAGCCGGGUGGGGGGGGGGCAUCUGCUCUGAUCGGGGGUGUGUGUUUCAGGCGGGGGAUCGCCCUGGCAGCCCUGGGCGGGCCCAUCUACGCCAUCGGGGGCCUGGACGACAACUCCUGCUUCAACGACGUGGAACGCUACGACAUCGAGGGCGACAGCUGGAGCGCCAGGUUCAACCCCCACCUCAACAAGUGGGCGGAGAUCAGCGAGAUGGGGCAGCGCCGGGCCGGAAACGGAGUCAGCAAACUCAACGGCUGCCUCUACGUCGUGGGUGGCUUUGACGACAACUCCCCCCUGAGCUCCGUGGAGCGCUUCGACCCCCGAAUGCACCGCUGGGAGUACGUGUCCGAGCUCACCACCCCGCGGGGGGGGGUCGGGGUGGCCACCGUGAUGGGGAGAGUGUUUGCAGUGGGGGGGCACAACGGGAACAUCUACCUGAACACAGUGGAGGCGUUCGAGCCUCGAAUGAACAGGUGGGAGCUGGUGGGCUCCGUGUCCCACUGCCGGGCCGGGGCCGGCGUGGCCGUCUGCUCUUUGCACGUCAGCCAGAUCCGAGACGUGGGCCAGGGCUCCAGCAACGUGGUCAACUGCAUGUGA